AUGGCGAAUAAGUUUGGAUUAGGUUCUUUAUCUUUAGAAACUAAAAAACCUAACACUACAGCGUGGAUAAAUAAAGCGAAACCUUACUUUGUGGAUCAAAUCGGAGACACUCUUCAAGGUGAUUUAGAUAUGAACAAUUUCAAAGUAACUAAUUUAAAAUCUCCGGAAAACGAUAAUGAUGCCGUUCACAAGAAAUAUUUACAGGAUCAAAUAAAUUCAAUUGAAGUAAAUAAAAACCAUUUAGAAGAUAAAAUAUGUAAUGUGAAAAGAUUCUUCAAACGUCAACUAAAUAAUAAAAAUUUUAUUAAUGAUACUAAACUACAACAAGAGGAUGAGAUUGCAAAACAAAAAUUAGACAUUCAACAAUUAAUAGAUAACAUUCCAGAUGAAAAUGAAGAUACGUUUCAACAGGAAUUAAAUGCUCUGGAAAUUAAACUUAACAGUGAAUUACAAAAAGAACUAACAAAUAUUAAACAAGAAAUACAAAACAUAGAUGAUAGCGAAAUCAAAACCAAUAUUCAACAACAAAUACAAAAUAUUGAUGAUAGUGUUAUUCAACAACAGAUAACCACUAUUAAUAACUCAGUUUUGAAACAGGACAAAAAUAUAGUCGCAUUAGAAAAAAAGUAUCUCAAGAAAGAAUCAUAUUAUUUCAAUCUUCCAUUUGGAAAUUUGAGUUCCGUUCAUGCUUCUAUUACUGAUAAUAUUGAUGGAUCAAAAGACUAUGAAUAUAAAAAAUAUGGAUUUACAGUAAAUAUAAGAGUAUAUAAACCAUAA